AUGGAUGAGAAUGUGGAAAUCCCAGUCUCGGAUGUCUCUGCAGAGCCCUCCUUCGACUCCUUAGACAGCAAUGCAAGACCGGGACCUAGCAGAGUUGCCUCUGCUGCAUCAUAUGAUAGUCCGCAGAGACAUCGCCGUCGAAAUCCAAGAGCUAGGCGUCCGGUGAAGGAAACACUGGACGCCCGCUCCGCGUAUACUACAAGUCAGGAUGAUGGAACGGCCGAGCACCGUAUCAACCAAUAUGUGAUCAAGCAGGAGAUCGGGCGUGGGUCAUUCGGCGCGGUCCAUCUGGCUGCCGACCAGUUUGGGAAUGAAUAUGCUGUUAAAGAGUUCUCCAAGUCCCGUUUAAGAAAACGUGCACAGUCGCAUUUACUGCGAAGACCCAGAGGCCCGAGGAGACCAGGCACGGGAUUUAACUCGCCGUUACAUCGUCAUCCUGCUGGGGAUGAUGAUGAGACUGCCAAGAAUUCUCUGUAUUUGAUCAAGGAGGAGAUUGCGAUCAUGAAGAAGCUCAACCAUAAUAACCUGGUGUCCUUGAUCGAGGUACUGGAUGACCCGACUGAGGACUCGUUAUAUAUGGUGAUGGAAAUGUGCAAGAAGGGCGUGAUCAUGAAGGUUGGACUAGAAGAGAGGGCGGAUCCAUAUGACGACGAGCACUGUCGGUGCUGGUUCCGCGAUCUGAUCCUGGGAAUUGAGUAUCUUCAUGCUCAGGGCAUCGUCCACCGAGACAUCAAGCCGGACAAUUGCCUGUUGACCAAUGACGAUGUGCUGAAAGUAGUCGACUUUGGUGUAUCGGAGAUGUUUGAAAAGGACUCUGAUAUGUUCACAGCCAAGUCUGCUGGUUCUCCAGCGUUUCUGCCGCCAGAGCUGUGUGUUGUCAAGCACGGUGAUGUCUCCGGGAAAGCAACGGAUAUCUGGUCCAUGGGAGUGACUCUAUAUUGUCUUCGAUAUGGCAAGCUGCCGUUCGAGAAACAGAGUAUCUUCGAACUGUAUGAUAGCAUCAGAGGGGAUUCCCCUGUAUGCGAAGACGAGGCGGACGAAAAAUUCAAGGAUUUGAUGGGACGAAUCCUGGAGAAAGAUCCGGAGAAACGGAUCGAUAUGUUUGGCUUACGGGAACACCCUUGGGUAACGAAGGAUGGGACGGAUCCUUUGCUGUCGUUUGAGGAGAAUACCUCACUGAUCAUUGCACCUCCGACGGAGGAGGAGAUGAACUCGGCCAUUACAACUAAUAUGGGUAGCCUCAUGACUGUGAUGAAAGCAGUCAAGAAAUUCAAACGAUUCAUGGAUCCUACCAAACCGCAAACUCCCAUGCAGAGCAUUCUUGGCGGAGACCACGAAGCUUAUUUCGUCGAACCGCCAAUGGAGAUGGACCCAGAUGAGCCCUUCCCAACUGUAGGAGGAGAACCACAAGCUCACGGCUACGGUCUAAGUGCUGGUAUAAGAAAGGUCUUUGGACGACACCCUUUCGCAGGGUUCCGCGAAGAUUCAGGUACCAUAGGGUCGAGCGACUCAGCCAGCCUCUCAUCAAGACCAGACCAUAGCCCAAGCAGCAGCCAAAGACCAAGCGGAGUCUUCGAACCCGAGCGAAAAGACUCUAGCUCCCGCACCGGUCGAUCUCCAGGCCAAGCAGACACUCAAGAAGCAGCCUACUCCCAAUCAGCAUCUCCUCACAUCCCCUCUCGCGCCAGCUCAGCAACAACAAAGCGCAGUCUAGAAGGAACAAGAGGGCACGCACGAGACCCCCUAGAAGAAGAAUUCCCAUACCUCUUCAUCGGACCAUCAACAUACACGGGAACCUCGCACACAGAACCAAGCACCGACCCCAUAACAGCAGCUUCGGAAGCACCGAUCUUCGAAGAACCAGAAAGCACCCUGGAACCCACCAGCGAGAUGGAAACAGAAGAAGAACCAGUCCAAAUCGUCAGCGAAUCACCCGGCGCAGCAGACUUCAAUAUUUACGAAACUGCGUAUAGAAUGGAACUUGAUCGCAUCAAACACAGUCUCUCUGAAUCAGACCGUGGCAACCGCCAAGCCGGACCAAAGGUCUACCUAACCCGUCGCGUCGAGAAUAAAGAGGAGGUCAUGCGCUUGGCCAAAGAGAAGGCGCUUGAUUUGCAGAUUGGGCAGCGGUUCGCGUAUUCGCCUGCUAAGUCUGCGCCGUCAGCGUUUAGUUCUGUUGCUGGUGCGUUGCGCGCGCAGAUGCAGAAGAAGAGGGCUGGUGGGGAGGGCGAGGGCGGUGAUGGGAAUGGGGGUGGUGAUGGCGAGGAGCAGGGUUCUCAGGGUAGUCAGACUGUUCCUCAUCCUCACCCUGCCAAGCGUCUUUCACUUUCUUCACAGGCUGUUCCUGAUACUGAGGCUUCUUCGCUUGAGGCGACGGGUGUGUCUGCUAAGGACGGGACGGAGAAUUCCAAGACUCAGCUGCGGCGGCUUCUUGGUCGGGUGAGGGGGAAGGCUGAUGGUGCGGAAUGA